CAAACGUUAUUCAAAGUUUUCAAAGAUAACAGCAGUCUGAUAGUUGUUGAUAUUAGAUUCCUGUUUCGCUCUUUUGCUUGCAAUAUGCAGUAGUGGGACAUCAAAUCGUUCUUGGGUUCUAUUUUCCUGCCUUACAACUGUAUUUCUCGAUAAGGAUAAGUGAAGAAUACAGAUAAUUUUAUUAUGAUUUGGAGAUAUAGGUGAUAUUCCAAGAACUAACUUUGAUUUUACUAUUAUUAAUAUGUCAAAUGAUAAUGCAUCUAACAGUAAUCGAAUCAUUCGAUAUUUUGACCUUAUUAGGAAUGACGAUAGAGAUAUCAAUCAGAGAAAAGAAUUAAUAAAUCUGACUGAUGAAAAUAGUCAAGAUUCUUAUUCUAAUACACCUGUUAUUGAUUUAACUCGUGAUAAUGACCAGCUUCUAAACAAUAGAGUACCAGUCAUUCAAUUAACUCGUGAUAAUGACCAACUUCUAAACAAUAGAGUUCCAGUCAUUCAAUUAACUCGUGAUAAUGACCAUCCUCUAAACAAUAGAGUACCAGUCAUUCAAUUAACUCGUGAUAAUGACAAACUUCUAAACAAUAGAGUACCAGUCAUUCAAUUAACUCCUGAUAAUGACCAGCGUCUAAAUAAUAGAGUACCAGUUAUUGAUUUAACUCGUGAUAAUGACCAGUUUGUAAAUAGCCGAGUACCAGUUAUUGUUUUAACAAGUGAUAAUGAUCCACUUCUGAAUAACAGGAUACCAAUUAUCGAUCUGACAGAUGAUCAUGUGCAGGAUAUUUCAAAUCAAAUACAAUGCAUUGAUUUGACGGAUGAUGAGGAAUCAAAUCACAACCAUACCAAUCAACAUCGUUCAAGCAUUAAUGAUACACACACUAAUCCCAGCAGAGAGCUUAUUGAUUUAACAGAAGAUAAUAAUCAAGAUUCUAAUACUGACAUACCAGCUGUUGAUUUAACUAAUGCUAAUGACCAAAUUCGGAAUUCAGGAAUACCAGAUGUUGAUAUGGCAAGUAACGAUGUCCAAGAUACCACUCAUUUGUCUCAAAGGAUUGAUCUGACAUAUGGUAAAGAACAAAAUGAGAAAGCUUGUAUUUCAACAAGUGACUCGGCAAAUGACGACGAUCAAAGUAUUGAUCGAAAUAUUUCAGGCGUUGAUCUGUCUUGCAGUAAAGAUUAUAAUAAUCAUAAACUAGUCAUUGGUCAGAUAGAAAACGAUGAUAAUGCUAUUAGAAACCCUGCUGAUAGAGAAAUGCCCAAUGGUAAGGCUAUGAGAGUGAAUAAUUUUGCAACCAGUUUGCAAGAAACUGUCGCAGAACGUCAUCUCAGAAUACCUAUUGAUAAUUUUCGAGAUGUGACAGAAAAUGUCUUAAAAUGUAAAGAAACUUCUAAUAAGAAUUUAAUACAUGUUGGUACUUCUCUUAAAAUGCAGCAAUAUUAUCGCAAGAAAGAAACAGUUCAGCCGAAUCCUCUAUUGGCAAACAACUUUAAAGAAAAAAAAUUAAGUCCAAACAGAUCUGACAGAAUUUGCCAAAACGCUGCAUCCGAUUUUAUGAAACCAGCUGAUCACCCUAUUCCUCUCAGACAUAGCUUAGGACGCUCUACAGCAAACACGAGCAAGAACGUUACAUUUGAAAUCAUAGAAGAUUCUGAGGGUCGCACUCGUACUUUGACCGUUUCGUCUAUAAUUCGCCGGAAAAAUUCGAAAUCAAACAAAGAUAUUUCUAAGAAAAACUUACCAAACGCAUCGGAACCACCAACUUCAAGAGUUAAUUCAUUCUCCUUUGACACUUUUAAAGAAUUUUUACUAAAACUUUGGUCAUUCGUAUUUUACUUUAUAUUUAAAACAAUAAUACUACGUUUUAUUGAAUUUUAUGCUAAAUAAGACUCGCGGUAUUUUCUAUAAGUGUAUUCUAUCCGAAGAUACUUAAUGCUGCUGUAAUAUUUUUUAAAAAAUAUGUUGUUACAAAUCUAUGUUGAUUUUUAAGCAAUGUAAUAUUCAUUUGUUAUUGCAUUAAAUUGUAAAAAAUAAAUAUUUUUACAUGUA